AUGCACACCAACCAGCCCACUAAACAAACACAUCCACAACUCAUGCACACCAACCAGCCCACUAAACAAACACAUCCACAACUCAUGCACACCAACCAGCCCACUAAACAAACACAUCCACAACUUGUGCACACCAACCAGCCCACUAAACAAACACAUCCACAACUCAUGCACACCAACCAGCCCGCUAAACAAACACAUCCACACCUGGUGCACACCAACCAGCCCACUAAACAAACACAUCCACAACUUGUGCACACCAACCAGCCCAUUAAACAAACACAUCCACAACUUGUGCACACCAACCAGCCCACUAAACAAACACAUCCACAACUUGUGCACACCAACCAGCCCACUAAACAAACACAUCCACAACUGGUGCACACCAACCAGCCCACUAAACAAACACAUCCACAACUCAUGCACACCAACCAGCCCACUAAACAAACACAUCCGCAACUCAUGCAUACCAACCAGCCCACUAAACAAACACAUCCACAACUCAUGCACACCAACCAGCCCACUAAACAAACACAUCCACAACUUGUGCACACCAACCAGCCCACUAAACAAACACAUCCACAACUCAUGCACACCAACCAGCCCGCUAAACAAACACAUCCACACCUGGUGCACACCAACCAGCCCACUAAACAAACACAUCCACAACUUGUGCACACCAACCAGCCCAUUAAACAAACACAUCCACAACUUGUGCACACCAACCAGCCCACUAAACAAACACAUCCACAACUUGUGCACACCAACCAGCCCACUAAACAAACACAUCCACAACUUGUGCACACCAACCAGCCCACUAAACAAACACAUCCACAACUUGUGCACACCAACCAGCCCACUAAACAAACACAUCCACAACUUGUGCACACCAACCAGCCCACUAAACAAACACAUCCACAACUCGUGCACACCAACCAGCCCACUAAACAAACACAUCCACAACUCGUGCACACCAACCAGCCCACUAAACAAACACAUCCACAACUGGUGCACACCAACCAGCCCACUAAACAAACACAUCCACAACUCAUGCACACCAACCAGCCCACUAAACAAACACAUCCACAACUUAUGCACACCAACCAGACCACUAAACUAACACAUCCGCAAAUCAUGCACACCAACCAGACCACUAAACAAACACAUCCGCAACUUGUGCACACACCAACCAGCCCACUAAACAAACACAUCCACAACUUGUGCACACCAACCAGCCCACUAAACGAACACAUCCACAACUUGUGCACACCAACCAGACCACUAAACAAACACAUCCGCAACUUGUGCACACCAACCAGACCACUAAACAAACACAUCCGCAACUUGUGCACACCAACCAGCCCACUAAACAAACACAUCCGCAACUCGUGCACACCAACCAGACCACUAAACAAACACAUCCGCAACUGGUGCACACCAACCAGACCACUAAACAAACACAUCCGCAACUGGUGCACACCAACCAGCCCACUAAACAAACACAUCCACAACUGGUGCACACCAACCAGCCCACUAAACAAACACAUCCACAACUGGUGCACACCAACCAGCCCACUAAACAAACACAUCCACAACUGGUGCACACCAACCAGCCCACUAAACAAACACAUCCACAACUUGUGCACACCAACCAGCCCACUAAACAAACACAUCCACAACUCAUGCACACCAACCAGCCCGCUAAACAAACACAUCCACACCUGGUGCACACCAACCAGCCCACUAAACAAACACAUCCACAACUUGUGCACACCAACCAGCCCAUUAAACAAACACAUCCACAACUUGUGCACACCAACCAGCCCACUAAACAAACACAUCCACAACUUGUGCACACCAACCAGCCCACUAAACAAACACAUCCACAACUGGUGCACACCAACCAGCCCACUAAACAAACACAUCCGCAACUCAUGCACACCAACCAGCCCACUAAACAAACACAUCCACAACUUGUGCACACCAACCAGCCCACUAAACAAACACAUCCACAACUCAUGCACACCAACCAGCCCGCUAAACAAACACAUCCACACCUGGUGCACACCAACCAGCCCACUAAACAAACACAUCCACAACUUGUGCACACCAACCAGCCCAUUAAACAAACACAUCCACAACUUGUGCACACCAACCAGCCCACUAAACAAACACAUCCACAACUUGUGCACACCAACCAGCCCACUAAACAAACACAUCCACAACUUGUGCACACCAACCAGCCCACUAAACAAACACAUCCACAACUUGUGCACACCAACCAGCCCACUAAACAAACACAUCCACAACUUGUGCACACCAACCAGCCCAUUAAACAAACACAUCCACAACUUGUGCACACCAACCAGCCCACUAAACAAACACAUCCACAACUUGUGCACACCAACCAGCCCAUUAAACAAACACAUCCACAACUUGUGCACACCAACCAGCCCACUAAACAAACACAUCCGCAACUGGUGCACACCAACCAGCCCACUAAACAAACACAUCCACAACUGGUGCACACCAACCAGGGUCACUAGAAUUUAG